UCCGCCGACCAUGUCGUUUCCAGUCCAUAAUAUCUUAGUUUGUGGUCCUGAAUCUCGAUUGCAGUUAUCCAAAAUCUGUUAUUACUUAUUGCAAUUUUCAUUUAGUAAUGACUCGGGCAAACGAUUUAAGAUAUAUCAUAAAUCGUGCUCGGGCAUGAUAAAAUAAAUCUACUUAUUUUAUCAUGGACUCGGCACAGAUUUUGAUUUCGUGAGUAGUGAACAAAGAUAACCGCGGAAGUGAGUAAUAGCUGCCAAAAUACCAGUUGGCAAUUUGGUACUCUCAAGUCUCGACAAAAUUUCCGAAGUUUAACGUUUUCGUCACCUCGACACUGUAGCAGACAUAGACGUGCAACGCUCUCGCUACUUCGACGCAGUGAUGGCGGUGGUAUUUGUUGUCGUUGCCGCCAUAUAAAUCCUUCGUUUGUAUGAAACCGACUCGUUUGAGAUUUUAGAUCGUGACACGUGUGUUCAACAGCAUGUCUUCGUCGUCGUUGUCCAGUGCCGAUCUACCUUUGAACAGUAGAAACACAGACAGUACCAGUUAUAAAUGUCAAAUAAUUUUGCAAGAACCGUUAAGUCCUGAAGAAUCAAGUUUUCAACAGUUUAAAUCAGGUUUAAAUCUUGAGAUACUGAAUCAGUCAUUAAGAGCAUAUUUCAAACCAUUUGACACGGAUGAACAAAUAUUUUUGGUUAAAAACAUAUAUUUCAAAUGUUUUGAGAUUGUGAAAGGCGAUAACACUAAAAUUAAACAUAUGAUGGAUCAAAUAUUUCGGGAAGUACAUAUACAAGUUGAAAAAAGUUCAAAUAACAAGAGGAACCCAACAAACAAUAUACAUUUGAAUAAUGACAAAAAGUGUGAAAAGAAAUUGGCCAAGAUUCAUGGCCAUAAAUCUGAUAAAAAAUACAAAAAACUUCUAAGAAGCUGUGAUCCAAUACUAAACGACAAUGAACUUGUAAAGGCAUUAUCUGAUCCAGAUGAUAAAAUGGGAAGAAAUUACAAAAUACCAUUUGAUUUAGGUACUAAAAUGUCAGAUAAAGCUAAUAAUCGUGGUAUUAAUGAUAAAUCUAAAGCUCCUUCUGCUUCUACUUCUACUCCUCCAAAUGUGAUACAUGAUUCAAUUAAACAGGCUGCCAAUAGUUCUGAAGGAAUAUCGCUGAAAUUAUCUUAUCUUACAAAAAGCGGCAAAGAUAAUAAUAUAUCAAUUAUUGAAAUAUUACCUGAUGAUAAUAACCAUAAUAAACAACCAGCCAUUUCUGCUAAUUCUAGUGAAAUCAGUAGAAGUGAAUCAAUUCAAGCAUCAUCCUCCAAAGUUGAAUAUGUGUCCAUGUGCCCAUCUCCAAAAGUCACUAUUUACCAGUAUCGGUGUAAAAAUAGUACAGAUUUUUUUAAACUGAAAAAAACUGUUUUCAAGCAUGAUCUAUCUAGUUCUAAGACUUUUGAGAAGUUGGCUUACAUACUAAAAACAUCAUUCAAAUUUGAGUUACCAAGAGUCACUAAAAUCAUUUAUAAUUGGCACAGUCCAAAAAUGCAUGUUAUUCAACAAUUGCUACAAGAAAUCUUACAAACAAUAAAUCAGACUAAAAACAAAAUCAUACAUUUUAUGACAUUUUUGAACCUUUUAUUUCAUAAAUCAGUUAAUACAUAUUAUUUGUCAAUAGAUGAACUGUAUUAUAGUUUCUUUAGUUUUGCAGAUUUUAUUAAAAAGUGUUUGUUGUCAUGUGGUAUUCCAAUAUUAAUGGAAUGGCUCCCUAUGGCGUGGAAUAAUUGUUUUAAUUAUGGUCUUAUUUUGGUUGAAUAUAUUUUAUAUAAUGAUUUAAAAAGAAUGAUUGAAUAUAAGAGUAUUCAUACUCUUUUGGGAUGGUCAUAUGUCCCAGAUAUUCAGAAGUUGUUUAAAAUAUUAUCAUAUAACAACAAGAGUCGUUCAGAAAGCAUAAUAAAAAUGUCUGAAAAUAUCAACAAUUAUAUGAAACAACAAAACAGAAUAAAGCCUAAACACCAAGAUAUACAAGACGAACCGCUUAAAAAAAAAAUUAAAUUAACUUCGGAUCAACAGAUGUUUCAACAAGCACAACAAUUAUCUGAACUUACAGUUACAAUUAAAAACACUACCAGAGAAGCUCAAGCUAUAUUAAGUUCAAUUGCUUCAGUAAAAAUUGAACAUGAUUAUAAUUCAACUAUAGUUAUUUGAUUGUAUUUGAAGAAUGCCAACCUCUUGGAUUUUAUAAUUAGUUUAAUUUAAUUAUGUUUAAUCUAAUUAUAAGUAUUAAUUUUAAGAUAAGAAAUCGCCUUAUUAUAAAUGUAUACAAUUAAAAUCAUAUUAUUUUAACAAUUAUUUCGAAAUGUUAAUUGUUAUCAUGGAGAAAGAACGUUCAUUUUGUUUGCAUUUGUCAUAAAUUAUUAAUAUAUAUCUUCAAUUACAAAAUGUAAUGUAAUAAAAAUAAAAUAUAU